GACUUCAUUUGGUUCAUUGUCAACUGAAAAAUGUGUUGGGAGUUUUGACAAGUCAACUGGAGUUGUUGAACACCUUGCAACACCAGCAUUGGAAGAGGUAACAGGUUUUGUUGUCAUAAAGGAACUACUGAGUACAGAAGCUCCAUUACAUGGCAAAACCUUAUUUGAAGAGAGUAUGGAGGCGUCGACUGACAUAUGCAAUGUUGAUAAUACACUGGUGGGGAUUCAGGAUGCUGUCACUGGCCAAAAAGCAGUGCUUGCGGAUGGAGCCAUAGCAGAUGCUGCACAACAAAGCAAGACGGAAUUAGCUUCUUUGACAGAUCUGAUAGCUAUAGAAUGUCAUGUACCUAGUAUUCCGAGGAACAGCUUUGUGGGAGAGAAAAUAAGUCAUGUUGCAAAUCCACUGAUGAGUGACAAAGGAGAAGGCGUUGAUGGAGAUCAGAAUGUGGUAAUCACCGACAUUCCUCAGUGUCUAAACAUGGAGCCAGACAUUGUCUGUUCUGAACCUGCAGCAGUUGAUGCCCCCAGAGUCGUCCCUCAGAGUUUUGACGAAAACCAACAUAGACAAACAGAAGAUGCAUUCAGUGGUGUUAUGGACAAAAGGAUCGAGGUCAGGUCAGGGGAAGCCACUAUGGUCAGCCAAGUGGAGGUGAGUAAAUCUAUUGUGCCAGUGCAGCAGAGAGGUGUUGACCCGAAGGAAAUCCCUGAAGAAAUGUGUAACAAUAAUUGCUCAAUGGAUAGAGAGAGCCAUACACAACAGGGGGUUGUCUCACAAACAAUUGGGGAGAUGAAGCAAGAGGAGGUGGAAGCAGGGAGGCCUGUGCACAGCUCUCUCGUUCUUCCAUGGGAACCAGCCACACCGGUUGGUCAGGUGUGCGAGGCACCGGAAUGUGACCCGGCCCCUCCUUCCCAGGAACUCGCAAAGGAGAGGGUGUGGGGAGCGUCACUCAACAGCUGCUGCCUGGCAACGUUCCCUGACUCUGGGACAAAGCCCCUCCCCCAAGCCCGGGGUAAGAUAACAGAAAAUGAGUGCAGCGUGGGGGCAGAAUCCACCAAUAACCUGCCCGAGACCCACCCCAGUCCCGCACACCUCACCAGCCGCGCAGCAGACGCUGGCCAAACGCCCCCAGCACACACGCGGCUCCCGGACGCCGAAAAACAAACACACAGACACAUGGAGGCAGAAACGCACAUGCAGCAAGCAGGCGCACAAGAAACACCCACCGCCGCUGCCAGUAGUGCAGACACACUACCUUCCACAGGAACAAUAGGGCAGGGCAACCCAGAACAGCCCACACAGUGGCAGAGUGAACCACCCAGCACUACACUCCGGCACGCUGCCAUCACUACAGAAGCUACACGCGUGGCACUCCUCACAACUGACCCUGGGCCAGAGGCUGCUGUCCCCUGCAUGGAGGAGCCUGGAAGCCGUGCAUUCUCAGACGGGCUGGCGAGCGCAACUCCUUCACACUUGACAGGCACUGGACUCCCAAAGCAACACAGGCCUGUAAUAAUAGUGCAGCGUGCAGCAGGUCCAGCUGAAUACCAGACAUCUGCAGACGCAACAGACGUCUCCACCAUGGAAGUGUCCAAAGCCACAUUCUCCUUCAGCUCCCUCUCUACCCCCGAAACCAAACACUCCUCCACGUCGCAAGUCCCCAGCUCGUACAGCUUCAGCUCUUCAUCUAUACCCGAAGGAGAUGGCAAACAGUGCCACAAAGUUUCCAUCGCCGGCAUCCCGGAGGCCGAAGAGCGCACCGUACGCUACUUCGAACCAAGCUCCCCGACCAUGCCAGACCACCAGGCCUCGGACCGCUGGAAGGCACGCUACGGUUACCAGUACCGUCCGAACGCAGGAACCAGAGCUUUCCCUCUCGCCGGGACCCUAGAUUACCAUCAUCAAGGAGACUCUUCGUCCAUCUACUCCCCCUACUCCUCCUCCACUGUCACUGACUUCCACUCCCCCUACUCCUCCUCCACUGUCGCUGCUCUCCCUCUGGAGCCGGCCCGUUACACCCCACACAGGUUCGCCUCCGAGGGGAGGGAGCAACCUGAGAAGCAGCCAACCUCCCCCGCUCUGCCCAGUUCCCCCGGCAACCAGAGGAGCUGGCUGAGCGACAGCGCCGAAGCCCAGCCCAGCGAGCCAGGUGGGAGGAGCUGGGCGGGGCCUGCGUCGACACCUGCAGGGGAGAGCGGCGCAGAGGGAGCGAGAGAGUCAGAGAGUGUGCUGGAGCGCCGAGGAGAGCGAGCGUUCUAUUCAGGCUCCGACGUGCCUCUGUUCACAGACCACACCACCACCACCACCACCACCUACACCAACAGCAACAGCAGCAGCAGCAGCAGCGUUGGUCCUGCCUCUCCGACCGUGCAACCGGACGACUACAGCGGCGUGUUCAAGGCCACGCGUGUGGAGAUCAUACCCUCCUCCUCCCCCACCUCCUCCUCCUUCUCCUCCUCCUCUCCCCCUUCCCUCUCCUCCUCCGGUGGCGCCUCCUCCACCGCCCUCAGUACAAGCCCUGUCAGUCCUCAGGAGCCAGUCUCCCCGCACCUGGAGACUCUGAAGGACACUCUGAAGGACACUGUGAGGACCAUGGAGAAGACAUCCAGGGUGAGGACCUCUCGCCUCAGCGGCGCGCCCUCCCUGCCCCCCAUCAAGGAGGACAUCCCGGACAGCCCCGCCAAGGAGCCGGCCGCCGCCCCCGCCAACCGACACGCCGCCGACAGCAGCAUGCUCUUCGCGUCCAGCAUGAACGGCAACGUGGCGGUCAGCCUGCCGGCCAACCUGGGCCUGAACUGGAACACCACCAAGGACAUGCGCUCGCCGCUGACCCUCAUGAAGCUCCAGCAGCAGCAGGUGGGCCUGGGCCUGCCGCUCCGCGCCUCCACGGCCUCCAGCAUCGUCAUGCGCGGCUCCUCCUUCGGCGAGGACGACGCCUCGCAGGUGCACCAGCUCAACCAGCUCAACGGCAACGCCGGCCUGAUGAGCCCCUCCAGGCUGGACAACAGCCUGAUCUUCAGCACCUGCUACCAGCCCCAGCAGCAGGCCUACCAGCCCCAGCAGCAGUCCUACCAGUCCCAGCAGCAGCAGGCCUACCAGUCCCAGCAGCAGCAGGCCUUCCAGGCCCAGCAGCAGGCCUUCCAGUCCAUGGAGAACGGGCUGCACGCCCAGCGGUCGCUCUUCCGCACGGGCUCGCUCCCUGAGACGGGCAGCAUGGGGGGCCACGAGCGCAUCAGCUCGGCUCCGCUGGGCCUGGGCGGCCUGCAGGCCAACCACAACCUCAAUGCGUCGUCGCGCAUCGAGCGCCUGUCCUUCCUGGCCUCGCCCGCCGGCUCCGCCGUCCUGGACGGCUACGCCGACCGCAUGAGCAUGCCGUCGCAGCAGCUCAACCCCAUGGCCGACAUGAGCAUCGGCCUGGGCCAGGCCAGCCAGCAGGUCAACCCGCUGGACAGCAGACAUCACCUCCAGCGCAGCUACAGCACGGACAGCGCGCUGGGCUCCUCGUUAGGGUCGCCCCUCUUCAACGACAUCAGCAACGGCAGAGGUCAGCAGGCUCACCAGCCGGAGCCUGAGCCUCCCAAGCAGCCGGCCCCCAAAUACAGAGCCUUCCCUGAUGCCUAUCUCACCAAGGAGAAGGAACAUGGCAAGCUCAACCCAAGGCCUGGGAAGCUGAUCAUAUUUGACAAACCAGGCAUGAAGGGUCAAAGGAUUGAGGUGCGCGGGGAUGUUGUGGAUGCCACAGAAUGGGAGUUCCCAGAGAGCAUUUCCAUAAGAAUAAUCAGAGGAGGAUGGGUUUUAUAUGAGAAGCCCAGCUUUAAAGGGGAGAAGAUCGCCCUUGAUGAAGGGGACAUCGAGACUCUGACUAACCCCUUCGACACUCCAGACGAGGCCCACAAACAGAAUGGACAGACACAGACAGAGAAUGGGGAGGCCAACCAAAAUCCAGAGCCCAAGAAGUUUGUGAUUGGAUCCAUCCGCAGAGCAGUCAGGGACUACAGCGUUCCAGAAAUCAGUCUGUUCCCAGAGGAGAAUGCCGAAGGGAAAAAGGUGGUUUUCCGAGACACGUCAGAAGACGCCCGCAUCUUUGGUUUUGCCAUCAAAGCUAACUCGAUCAUCAUCAAUGCUGGCCUCUGGCUGGUCUAUGCUGAGCCUUUCUUCCAGGGGAUCCCCCGAGUCCUGGAGGUGGGGGGCUUCACCAAUCCUGCCGCCUGGGGCGUCACACAGCCCUACGUGGGCUCCCUGCACCCCCUCAAAAUUGGAGAGCCUAGAGUGGAGAAACCAAAUGAACCGAAGCUGGUUCUCUAUGAUAAGCCCUAUUUCACUGGGCGGUCUCGCGAGCUCUACUCCUCAAUGAGAGACUUCAUGACACGGAUAGACCGGCAGCAGACUGCCUUCAUGUACAACGCUGGCUCCAUCAAAGUCACUGGUGGCUGCUGGGUGGGUUAUGAGAAGGAAGGGUUCCGUGGGAAGCAGUACCUGCUGGAGGAGGGCGAGUACCAGGACUGGCGCGUGUGGGGCGGAUGUGACGCCGAGCUGCGCUCUGUCAGAGUCAUUCGAGCUGACCUGACUGACCCGGCCCUGGUGAUGUAUGAGUUACCAGACGAGCAGCUGGAGGAGCCGCAGGAGGAGCGCACCUUCGAGGUGACGGAGGCCAUCCCGGACGUGGAGCUGUUCGGCUUCCGCACCACCACCCGCUCCAUCCAAGUCCUCGCUGGAGCGUGGGUAGCCUACUCCCAUGUGGACUUCUCAGGGAACCAGUAUAUCCUGGAGAAGGGCUUCUACAACAACUGUGCUGACUGGGGUUCAGCCGAUAACCGCAUCUGUUCCCUGCAGCCCAUUCUAAUGGCUCCAUCGGACGGGCCAGGAUACAGAAACGAGGUUAUGCUGUACUCAGACGUAGACUUCCAAGGCAACAGUAAGCUGUGCAGUAAAAAUGAAGAGACUCUGCCCGACAGCUUCAUCGCCAAGUCCUGCAGAGUUGUGGGCAGCAGUUGGGCCGUGUAUGAAGGCCGUAACUACACUGGACAGCUCUACACAGUGUCUGAGGGAGAUUACCCCAACUUAAACAGCAUGGGAUGCCCCCCACACUGCAUCAUACGCUCCGUUAAGGCUGUGCCGGUGAUGUUUGCCGUUCCUUCUAUCUCUCUCUUUGGCCUUGAGUGCUUUGAAGGCCGGGAGAUAACAGUGGAUACAGAGGUGCUUAACCUGCUGGAGGAAGGUUUCAACAACCAUGUAUUGUCAGUCAAGGUUAACAAUGGAUGCUGGGUGGUGUGUGAGCACAGUAACUACAGGGGGCGCCAGUUCCUUCUGGAACCCAUUGAAGUCACCAGCUGGCAAAAAUUCAGCGAACUCACCAGCAUCGGCUCCAUGUACCCCAUCCGUGAGAAGCGGAGGUACUUCCGGGUGAAGAACAAGGAACGUGGCCACUACCUCUCCAUCCAGGGGGCGGGGGAGGACAUGAAGACUGGCCGUGUGGUGGUGAUGGAGGAGGUGGAGCCCAUGACGGACGUCUGGUACUACCAUGAUGGACUCAUCAAGAAUAAGUUGUCCCCUACCACGAGCCUGCAGGUGAUGGGAUCGGUGGAGCCGGGAGCGAAGGUGGUCCUGUGGAACGAGACCCGCACACCGAUCCAGAUCUGGUCCAUCAGCCUCAACGGAACAAUCGUUAGCACCACCUUCCCUGGCAUGGUGCUGGAUAUCAAAUGUGGGAAAGCUUAUGACCGGGACCAUGUGGUGAUCAGGGAAGAGAGUGAUGAACAGCCAUGCCAACACUGGGAGCUGGAGCUGUUGUAAUGCCCCCCCCUUCCUCCUCCUCCCCCCAACACACACCUCUUUAAAAACGCCCCCCUCCACCCUCACCACCGCCCCCUACCCCCCCCUCAUUCUGCCCCGCUGAGCCAGGCUCCCUGCCAGUCCACUGAUCUCUAUACUGCCCUGAUGCUGGUCAGUCCACUGAUCUCUAUACUGCCCUGAUGCUGGUCAGUCCAGGCUCACGUCUCCCCCUGCGUCUACCGUAACACUGUGAGUCAAGGAGCUGUUGGCAUAUCAUGGGACUUCCUUUGCCAGAGUUAACCGUGGAGUUUACUUUGUACUGUGUAACCGCCCCCCCCCCC